CAAAAACAGGACACAGCAGCGGCCGUCGUGCGGCUGUUUACCGAGCACAGAGUGGCGGAGAGGAAAGUGACAGCCACACGGGAGGCUCGGUGUAUGGUGCAGCACAGGUGAUUUCAGCGUCCACGGUCGCAUUUUAAAGCGUAAUGUUCACUCGAAGGGGGCAUGGAGACGUCAAGAAAUCUACACAGAAAGUUCUGGACCCAAAGAAGGAUGUUUUUACCCGGUUCAAACACCUCCGGACUCUGUUAGAUAUCAUUGACAAGAGUGAUUUGAAGACGUUCUUUGAGAGCAACAGUUCUCAGAUUUAUUUUAUCUUCUAUGAAAAUUUCAUUACACUGGAAAGCAACUUAAAACAAAAAGGGAACAAAUCUCAAAGGGAGGAGCUGGACUCUAUCCUCUUUAUUUUUGAAAAAAUCCUGCAGAAUCUGCCUGAGAGGAUCUACAACAGAUGGCAGUUUCACAGUAUAGGUUCUAUUCUCAAAAAGCUUCUACACACUGGAAAUUCAUUCAAAAUACGCUGUGAGGGAAUCCGUCUAUUCCUGCUGUGGCUGCAGGCCCUUAGGGACCACUGUGCAGAGGAGCAGUUCCUCAUCUUUGCCUGCCUAGUGCCAGGAUUCCCCGCUGUGCCCUCAUCUAGAGGGCCGUGCACCCUUGACACCAUCAUUUACAAUCCUUUCUCCAACACCCCAGAGGCCAAGGUGGUGCCUGAGGAGAUUACCCCACUGGUUCCAGCUGUGGCGGGAGAAAAAGCCUCAGAUGACCCGACCUGCUACAUCCUAGAAACGCUGCUCAAGUACAUGGUCAUCCAGGCAUCCAGUUUAGAAUGGAAGAACAAAGAGAACCAGGACACCGGCUUCAGGUUUCUCUUUACCCUGUUCAAGAAGUACUACCUUCCACAUCUGUUCCCCGCUUUCACCAAGCUUACAAACCUCUACAAGCCUUUAUUAGACCUCCCUCACCACAGACCCAAACCCUUGUAUGUGCCGGUGACACGGAAUAAUGAGAGCACCUUCUGCACGAGGGAUCAGUACCUGGCACCCCGUGUGGCCUUCAUCACCUGGCUGGUCACCUUCUUCCUGGAGAAGAAGUACAUCAGCAGUGCUGCUUCAGCUCAGACCGCCAAGAACGGCACCGAGGUCAUUCCCAAACUCAUCCAGACUGUCACUGCAGGCAGUAGCAGCCAGGAUAAGGAUAAGACAUCCGACGGGGAUGCAAACGGACCAGCGGGGGAGCCUGAGAAGAGCCACUCCAACAGUAGCACCCUGUCAGACCGCCGAGCCAGCGAUUCCAGUUUGUGUAGCGUGGAGGAGGAGCACCGUCAUGUCUAUGACAUGGUGCAGUCCAUUCUGCUCUCCACCCGGGACAAUGUGAACUUUGUCAACGAGAUCUUCCACCAGGCUUUCCUGUUGCCGUCCUGUGAAGCUUCUGCAACCAGGAAGGUCAUCAAAGUGUACAGGAAGUGGAUCCUGCAGGAGAAGCCCCGCUUCAUGACAGAGCCCGACAGAACUACUCAGGAAGAUGAAGUGGAUGACAGCUCUGAACAGAUGCUCAGCAAGGAGGCAAAUAGCGUGCACACGCAAAUGAUGGAGAGUCACAGUCACAAACGGUCGUCCAGCUGGGGCAGGACCUACUCGUUCAGCAGUGCCAUCAAUCAGGGCUUCAUCACUGAGGAGGAGAACAGGGACAUCAAAGCUGGCAUCCAGCCCACACUACAGGUGUUCCUGACCAAUUCAUCCAACGUGUUUCUGUUGGAGCCAUGCCAGGAUGUACCGAAACUCCUGGAAAAUCAGGUUGAGGUGUGCAAGGGUGUUCUGAGCAUCUACCGGCAUAUGAUCAUGGAGCACACCAUGAACACACAGACAUGGGAGCAGAUGCUGCAGGUACUACUGAGGAUCACUGAGGCUGUGAUGAAGAGGCCACAGGAAAACCAAAGAAAAGACAGCUUUGCUGAAAGUUUAGCAUCUUUGCUUUUUAGGACCAUCAUUGUGGCGUGGGUACGAGCCAACCUGUGCGUAUUUAUCUCCCGGGAGCUUUGGGAUGAGCUGCUGGCAGUGCUGUCCUCUCUCACCUGCUGGGAGGAGCUGGUAACAGAAUGGGCCAGCAUCAUGGACUCGCUUACGGCUGUGCUGGCACGCUCUGUUUACGGCCUGGACAUGGCCAACCUGCCUCUGGACAAACUCAGUGAACAGAAGGAGAAGAAGCAGAGAGGACGUGGAGUGAUCCAGGACUCUCAGAGGGCGGCAGCAGUUGCACGCUCAUUCUCACUAAGCUGGAGGAAUCAGGGGGAGCAGGGCGGGCCGCCAGUACAGGAGCCCAUGAGGAUUCGCUCAGCCACAACUUCGGGAGCACCGGGUGUGGAGAAGGCCCGGAACAAUGUCCGACAGAAGGCCUCGGCUAAGCGAAGCCAGUCCAUCAGCAACUGUGUUCAUCUGUACGAGGCUUUGCCCGCUACUAAAAGUGUCCCUAUGCUGCUCCACACUGUGAGCUCUUUCUUGCCUGGUAUCUCUUCUGGUAACUCUGCUUGCUCUCACAGACUCUCAGAUGUGGAGGAGUGUCAGCUGUCCGAAUGUGGAGGAGAGGAGGAGCUGGGAGGCAGGGAUAGUCCUCUACCACGCAGCAGCAGCACCUCAGACAUCACCCAGCAGCUGUCUGAAACAUUACCAGUCCAGCAGAGAGAGUACUCGCCCACCUCUGAGAGCAGGACUGAGAGCAGUGAGCCACCAGUGAUCCUCAUCCGGCGGACGAGCAGUUCAGCUGAGACAGAGUGCAAUGCAGAGAUACACGCAAACUGCACGAAGCCCAAGCUCAGAGAGAAAAGUGAGAGUGUUAGCAGUGAGACGUCCAACGGCUACCUCAAUGAAGCUGAGGUUACCUGGCAGGCAUUUGAUGAGGAUGCUGAUAAUCAGUCCACACAGUCAGCCCACAUGGAUGUAACAGCUGAUCCUCAGAGCCAGGGGAGUCUGCUGCUCAGCCAUAAUGAAGCUCUAGCAGGUCCUGAGUGUGCUCUCCCUACCCACUCCGCAUCCCCGCCCUACCACCACCACAACCACCAAAACCACUACCACUACCCCCAGAAUCCCCCCGCUUCACCAGCCCUGCUGGUGCCCACAGAGUGCCCACGGGAUUGCCCCCUGGAUGACACCAUGCAUCAGUCUGUCUUACACAUGCCACACCACUUGGACAGCAGUGAGUUCCUGGCUGAUGAUGUCAGCAUCAUUGCUGGCGGGACUCUGACUGGUUGGCAUGCUGAUUCGGCCUUUGUCCUGUGGAGGAGAAUUUUGGGUAUCCUGGGAGACGUCAACAGUAUCCGCUGCCCCAAAAUCCAUGCCAAGGUCUUCUCCUAUCUCUACGACCUCUGGCACAAGCUGGCCAAGAUCCGGGACAACCUUGGGAUCAGUGUGGACAACCAGUCUUCUCCUCCCCAGCCUGCCUUCAUCCCGCCUCUUCGGAUGCUUGCCUCCUGGCUUUUUAGGGCCACCAAGCUGCCAGCAGAAUACAAGGCUGGCAAACUACAGGCCUACAAGCUGAUCUGUGAGAUGAUGACCAGGCACCAGGAUGUGCUCCCCAACAGUGAUUUCCUGGUGCACCUCUACCACAUCAUGCACAAGGGCUUCACUAACGAUGACCCGGAUGUUUUGAACACCAUCAUCCGCUCCUGCUCUCCUCGAUUCUUCUUCCUCGGCCUGCCGGGCUUCACGAUGCUGAUUGGAGAUUUCAUCACUGCUGCCGCCUGCGUCCUCUCCUCUGGCUCAUCAGAGGCACCGAGGGUCGAGGCUCAGACGAUCCUGGGCUCCCUCGUGUGUUUCCCCAACCUCUACCUCCAGAUUCCUAUACUGCAGCGUGUGCCUGGUUCUGAUGACAUCAGUGUAGGCAGCGAGAACAUCAAGAAUUACUUGGUCAACAUCCUGCUGGAGACGGCAACAAAGGAGCACUGUGAGGGGGCGAGGUGCAUUGCUGUGUGCAGCCUGGGCCUGUGGGUGUGUGAGGAGCUAAUGCAAAAGAACAUUCACCACCAGGUUAAAGAUGCCAUCAAUGUUUUGGGAGUGACACUAAAGUUUGGGAACAAAGCAGUGGCUCAGGUAGCCUGUGACGUCUUUCAGCUGCUCAUCUCCCACUGGGAGCAUCUCCAGAGGCUGGAGCCCACUUUCCCAAAGAAAAUUAUUGAGAUCUUUGUGGCCACAAUAGCCUUUUUGUUGCCGAGCGCAGAGCACUCAGCAGUGGAGGCAGACAAAAAGUUGAUGGUGUCACUGCUGCUUUGCCUCUUGGACUGGUGCAUGGCAGUCCCCUUGAGUCUGCUGCUUGAUCCGAUCACCAUGCCUUCGCUGGAAGGGCAGACGGCCCACAAGGCCCCGCUACUGGACUACAUCUACAGGGUGCUGCACUGCUGCGUGGCCGGCUCCAACCUGCACACCCAGCAGAGCCACUAUCUCCUCACUCUGUCAGACUUGCCCAGUGACUAUGACCUCAUGCUGGGUCAGGUUAAGAGCUUUGAGCCACCCCCCUCACAGACAACCACCACAGACUUUGGCAACUUACUCACUGUAGCUGAAGAAACGCGUCGGCGAAUCAUGGAGCUGAUACCACUGACGGCGCGGAUGGUCAUGACACACCUGGUGAACCAUUUGGGCCAUCAUCCGCUGAGCGGUGGGCCCGCCCUUCUCCACAGCCUAGUGAGCGAAAAUCACGACAACCUGUACGUGGAGUCAUCGGAGCUGUCCUCUGAGGUCUUUAAAAGCCCCAACCUGCAGCUUUUUGUCUUCAACGACAGCACGCUGGUGUCCUACCUACAGAUCCCCGCUGAGACGCCCACUGUUGGACAGCCUCUUCACACUUCCUCUCAAGUGCGCGUCAUUGUCCGCGACAUCUCGGGCAAAUACUCGUGGGAUGGUGCAAUCCUCUACUGCACCACGAAUGAAGACUUAGAUGUGGGGGCUUUUAAACCCGUUGACCCUUCCCUUUCUGCAACCACGACAGUCAACCCCAGCAGGAACCCACCCCCCUCUCCAGUAACAGCACCACACAAAAGUCAUUGCUCCAUCUCAGAUUGCCUCUCUAACUCUUGUGAGGACGAUGAGUUUGACGUUCUCGAUAAGCUUUUGGAGGACCUCGGACACAGCAGCCCAGAAUGUCUUCCCCAGCCACGACUUAAGCUUAACCAGCCGGCCCUGUCGCCCCAUGGCAUGAACCUCGAGCAAGAGAACGCCAUCCUGGAAGCCAUUCAUCGUCAGGCUCAGCAGGAGGACGAGCAAGUGAGAAGGUGGGAGGCUGAUGUAAGCUUUCAGGCUGCCUGCCAGAGGGAACCAUCCCACCAGGAACCAAAAGCUCCUUUUUACUUCUGCCGGCUGCUGCUUAAUGAUCUUGGCAUGAACUCUUGGGAUCGCAGGAAAAGCUUCCAUUUGCUGAAGAAAAACUCUAAACUCUUACGGGAACUGAAGAACUUGGACUCGAGGCAGUGUCGAGAGACGCACAAGAUUGCCGUGUUCUACAUCGGAGAAGGCCAAGAAGACAAGUGCUCCAUUUUGUCUAACAGUGCAGGAAGCCAGGCCUAUGAAGACUUUGUGUCUGGGCUGGGAUGGGAGGUGGACCUGGCCACACACUGUGGCUUUAUGGGUGGACUCCAGAGGAAUGGCAGCACUGGUCUAACAGCUCCUUAUUAUGCUACCUCCACUGUGGAAGUCGUAUUUCACGUCUCAACACGUAUGCCAUCGAAUUCUGAUGACUGCCUCACCAAAAAGCUGCGUCACCUGGGAAAUGAUGAGGUGCACAUAGUGUGGUCUGAGCACACCAGGGACUACCGGCGCGGCAUCAUCCCGACUGACUUUGGAGAUGUGCUGAUAGUCAUCUACCCAAUGAAGAACCACAUGUAUUUCAUCCAGAUCAUGAAGAAACCGCAGGUUCCCUUCUUUGGGCCUCUAUUUAAUGGCGCCAUCGUCACUGGGACGCUGCUGCCAAGCUUAGUACGAGCUACCUGUAUCAAUGCCAGCAGAGCUGUCAAGUCCCGGCUGACUCUCUACCAGAGCUUCUACGAGGAGCGAGCGCUCUACUUGGAGGCCAUUGUUCAGAACCACAGAGAGGUCAUGACCUUUGAAGACUUUGCCUCACAGGUUUUCUCCCCCUCCCCUGGCUAUCCUAUGAGUGGGACAGCGUGCAGGCGUUGGCCGGGGAUGGUUUGGGACAUGGAGUACCCCUGGGCCAAACUGGACUGGUCCUUCACCGGCAGCGGAAGCACCGAAGCCGGAAGCAUCACCACGACAACAGAUUCGGUCGACCAGGUGUCUCCCACCAUGCCCCGUGCCACAAAGAACCGAGUUUCUGGAAAACUCCGCCGAUCAGCCAGUGCUAUAAGCAAGUCCUCCAACUGAGCUCUUCAAGCCCACCCCACCCCUCACCCCCCCACCUGAGUGCAGCCUUUAGUCACAAACCAGCCGCGACUGCAAGAAAUUAAUUUUUCUUCUGUUUUAUUUGGUGACAUAGAAACUUUAACUGGAGCAAACUGCAAUUUUAAUUUAAGUGGCAAUCAUAGAUUUUCUUUUUUUUGUCUAUACAUUUCACUUCGUUGUGGUCUUCAUGGAGACGGAUGUGAGAGUAAGCUAUUUAUGUUUCAGCGUAACAACGAGCAGCACAGGAAGCAGCCCGCCACCAUUUUUAUUCCCGUUUUCUGCUGCGCUGGAAAAACACUUGAAGUUCUUACUGUCGUACGGUAAUGGGAGACUGUUUUAGCCUGUUUCUGUAGUUCGUCUGUCCCAGCACUUCAUGUAACAAAGCACUGAUGACACAGCUGUAAAUGACACCAUGCUAAAACUGCACAAGAGUUUGGUAUCCAUUUAUAAACAUGUCUGCCUUUUAUACCUCUUUCUGCAUCUGCCACAGCCUCUGUGUGUCAAACAUAGCAUUUCAGUUAGUGACAGUAUGAUGCUGUCCUGUCCGUGUUGAUGUUCCUACAGUGACUGCUGAAUGGGAAAAGCCUCCCCGGAAUGAUUGGUAUUCUCUGCACUGGUACACGGGCUCCUCGGGUACGGAGGCCCUGCAGUGUGCGCAGCCAGAGGCUUUUUAAUUGUUUUGAGCUCGAAGUGGACAAUCAAUGACGUCUUUCUAACUUGAGCUGAAAUGACAUUUGGUUGUUUUGUUUUGUUUUUUUUUAACCACACUCUAAUUUUCCUUUUUAAAUGAAUUCCAAUGGAUUGUGUCAUUAUUUGAUUUAUGCAAGUGCGCCGGAAUGAGAAAACACUGCGUUUGUAAUUGUUUUCUGAUGUCGUUAACUUGGGCUCAUGUCCGGUAAUUGAAUAAGUUCCUCCUGUCUCUUUCCUCUGCUAUCAGUUUCCCUGUCCUGUGCCGCAAAGACAUCGACAUUCCAACAUUUCCAACAUUCCCAACGAACCGACCGCGGUCUUUGCACGCAGUCUCAUCAGUUAACGUCAGACGUCUUUGUGUUCUUGGAUGUAAAUUGCUUUAAAUAUUAUUUGUUGAUGUGUGUCUGGAUGUUUAUAGAGCGAACUGUUGGAAUUAUUUUGCUGUCUUCAUCAUGUGGUGUUUAAAGGAAAAAUGCCGUCAGAGCCUCAGGUAACUCCAUGCACUGGUGUGUGUGUGUGUGUGUGUGUGUGUGUGUGUGUGUGUGUGUGUGUGUGUGUUUCUCGCAGUGCCUGUGUAAUGUCUGUCUUCUAAGAUGAUGUCCCACAUUAUUUCCAACCCCCCAUAAUCAAGUUUCAUCUUUAUCAUGUGAACCCAACGUCCCAGCUCCUCCCUAGGAAUCUAAAACAAACCCCCCACCCACCCCCCACCCCCAAGCAGCAGCAGAUGGAUUUGGCCUUCAUUUAUAGGUGGUGUGCUGCCACAGUCUUUAUGUCAUUGGCACGAGUGGGACCGAUUCCUCCUCUUUCCCAUGAUCCUCUUCCCGUGUCGUGGCCUCCUGAGGAGGCUGGGUGUGGGUGGCAUGCCAGAGCUGAACUCUUAACAGCCCUCCUAGCAACAGCCAGCCCAGCACUCACACUCCUCCAACCUGCCAGCUCAGGUUGUCAUGGUAGCCAGGUGUCCCCCCCCCCCCCCUCCCACUCACUCACAUAAACACACUAUAGACUCUGACCCUCUGAGGGCUCCACCUAAGCUGCAACACUAUCCCCCAUCUGUUGCACUACUAUGCCUUACUGUCCCCGUGUUCCUCUGUCGGUUUCUCUACCAUCUCACCUCCGGUCUGUUCCCUGAGCAGGAUACGGGGAAUCCACACAUCAGGAGGGCUGACAGAUCUGUGCUUUUUUUUUUUUUUUUUUUUUCCUUUUUUUUUUGGGUGUUGUUUUUGAGGAAUGUAUAGAUAUAUAGGCCUGGAUCACAUCUAUGGUUUUAAUCUUCCCCAAAGCCACUUGAAGGAACCGACCAUGAUGUUGAUCUAAAGAUUGUAGCUUAUAGAAAAUGUCUGUUAAAAGGAGGGCUUGCACCCUCCUCCUAGGAGGAUUAGUCACUGGAGCUGUUAGUUCAGACCAAGAGAAGAUUGUGUGUCUUAUAUGCGUGAAGAAAUUGAGAUAGUCUUAGUUUUAGUAUGCUAUUUUCUUCUCCUUUUAGAAAUCCGUGUACAUUGUGUCAAAUUUGAGGGCUUCAUCGCCCUCUGGAUAUAAAUAUAAUAAUGCCUGUAAUAUAAUCUUUGUAUAAGAGGGGGGAAAAAAGCUUGAAAAUUUCGUCAUUACUUGUCAACAUAUCAAACUGUUUUUAAUGACCGAAGUCCUGCUAUCUUUAUUAGAAAUGUGAAAACUGAAACAUUUCAU